GCCGCUGUCAGGGCACGGCUCAGCGACAGUAUGGCGGCUAGCUGCUGCUGGAAGGAUGCUGCUGUCGGCCAGCCUGCUGUCUGCGCUGCCUUCAGAAUGUGAACGGAAUAUCCACCGCGCACGGAGAGUGGACAACAAUAACGGCCUGUAGCCUCGGAGUCCAGGAUGGCCAGGCUUGCGGAUUAUUUCGUCGUGAUCGGCUAUGAUCUCGAUAAGAGGGGGGGAAGUGAAGGUCAAGGCCGGAUCCUCCAGCGAUUCCCAGAAAAGGACUGGGAGGAUAAUCCCUUCCCUCAGGGCAUCGAACUAUUCUGUCAGCCCAGUGGGUGGCAGCUGGUCCCCGAGAGACAGUCUCCGUCUUUCUUCGUGGCCGUCCUCACAGACAUCAACUCGGAACGCCAUUACUGUGCCUGCUUCACCUUCUGGGAGACCGUAGAUAACCCUCAGCUGCAGAAUGAAGAGCCCAGCGAGGCAGAUGAAGAUGAAAGUCCUGAUCUGCUCCAGCCUGCACAGCUCUACGCCCCCAAGAGUCUGGUGCUGGUGUCUCGCCUGGACCACACCGAGGUGUUCAGGAACUGUCUGGGGCUGGUCUACACGGUGCACGUGGAGCACGUGAACGUCCCGCUGGAGACCGUGAUCGGGAAUCUCCUGACCUGUCUCAUUCCCAUUGCUGGAGGAUCUCAGAUAAACGAACCCCCAGUCUGUAGUUUAUCUGACUGGCUGCUGGGUUGUUUUCAGCCAGGCGAGGAGGAUCGAGAGGACGGCUUGAGGACCAUCACCUUGGGGGCGGGAGACAGGCAGGUGAUCCAGACGCCCAUCAACGACGCACUUCCUGUGAGCGGCUGCAGCGUGUCCCAUCUCUUCAGGCAGCUCGGUAUUGUAAAUGUUCUCUAUCUGUUCUGCGCCGCUCUAACGGAACACAAGAUCCUCUUCCUGUCCAAGAGCUACCAGCGACUUACAGACGCCUGCCGAGCUCUCUUGGCCAUCAUGUUCCCGCUCAAAUACAGCUUCACCUACGUUCCCAUCCUGCCUGGAAAGCUCCUGGAAGUCCUCAGCACACCGACACCCUUCAUUAUCGGAGUCAACUCCUUCUUUCGCUCCGAGACUCAGGAGCUGUUGGACGUGAUCAUCGCAGAUCUGGACGGAGGCACGGUGACGAUCCCGGAGUGUGUGCACAUAUCCCUGCUGCCCGAGCCUCUUCUGCAGCACACACAGACGGUCCUCUCUAUGGUGUUGGAUCCAGAGCUGGAUGUGGCAGAUCACGCCUUCCCUCCCUCCUCCACACAGCCUUCCCCAGCAAAGAUCCAGGACAAAGAGAUCCGUGCCGUCUUCCUGUGGCUCUUUGCGCAGCUCUUCCACGGAUAUCGCUGGUGUCUGCACAUCAUCCGUAUACACCCAGAGCCUGUGAUCCGCUUCUAUAAGGCCGCCUUUUUGGGCCAGCGAGCGCUCUCCGAGGACGACUUCCUGAUGAAGGUGCUGGACGGCAUGGCGUUCGCAGGCUUCGUGUCGGAGAGGGGCCCGCCGUACAGGCCCACGGAUCUGUUCGAUGAUCUCAUUGCCAACCAGGUGGAGCGGAUCCGACAGGAACAAAACGACCUGCACAAAGUGUUGAAACACGUCAAGGAACUGGCCGAGCAGCUGUUCAAAAAUGAGAACCCGUACCCUGCAGUAGCCAUGCACAAAACACAGCGAUCAGCGGACAGCAUUCAGUCUCCGCCCCCUGUCUCCCGGACCCCCUUCCCGCUCCUGGACGAGGUCGCUGUCCAGCUGUUCAUCGAUCACGCAGCUGCUAAGCUUAAAACAGCGCCCCCUGUGGUCAAAUCCGAGAUGAAGGAAAUGGUGUCCUCGGGACCUCCACUGGGUGACAUUGUGGACAGAAACGGCAGUGUCCUGGCGAACAGCGCGCGGAGGCUGGAGGUGGUCAGGAACUGCAUAAUGUACAUUUUCGACAACAAUAUGCUGGAGGCCAAGAAGUUGUUGCCGGCGGUGUUGAGGGCGCUGAAAGGCCGCGCAGCUCGUGUGUGUUUGACUCAGGAGCUGAAUCAGCAUGUGCUGCAGAACAGAGCCGUACUGGACGACCAGCAGUUCGACUACAUCGUGCGCAUGAUGAACUGCACGCUGCAGGACUGCUCUCACAUCGAUGAACAUGGCAUUGCAGCAGCUCUCCUGCCCCUGGUCACUGCUUUCUGUCGGAAACUCGGAGGAGGCAUCACUCAGUUUGCCUACAGUUGUGUGCAGGAGCACAUGGUGUGGACCAACAUGCAGUUCUGGGAGGCCAUGUUUUACAGCGACGUGCAGAACCAUAUCAGAGCUCUGUACCUGGAGACAGACGGCCGAGCCCCGCCCAGUCCUGAGGAUGAAGACGACGCAGAAAGGCCCGAGCUGAUCAGCGCUCUGGAGUUGGCGUCGGAGCAGACGCGUCUGUGGCCCACCCUGAGUAAAGAGAAUCAGCAGGAGCGUGUGCAGAAGGAGGAGAGCACCGUGUUCAGCCAGGCCAUCCACUACGCCAACCGCAUGAGCUACCUGCUGCUGCCCCUCGACACCAGCAAGAACCGGCUGCUGCGCACCACCGGCCUGGCCGAAGUGGAGAGCGUCAGCAACAGCUUCGUUACCAACAGCAUCGCUGGCAGUAUGGCCGAGAGCUAUGAUACAGAGAGCGGCUUCGAGGACGCCGAGAGCUCGGACGUGGCCAAUUCAGUGGUGCGCUUCAUCAACCGCUUUGUGGAUAAAGUGUGCAACGAAAGCGGUGUGACCAACGAACACCUGAAGGCCCUGCACAUCAUGAUCCCAGAUAUCGUUCAGAUGCACAUUGAGACGUUGGAAGCGGUCCACAGAGAGAGCAAGAGGCUACCUCCUAUCCAAAAGCCCAAGCUCCUGAGGCCGUCCCUGUUAGCGGGUGAGGAGUUGGUGAUGGACGGCAUGCGCGUGCACCUCCUGUCGGACGGCCGAGACGAGGCCACGGGUGUGAUGGGCGGGCCACCGCUCCUGCCCGCCGAGGGUGCCAUCUUCCUUACCACGUACAGGAUCAUCUUCAAGGGCACGCCCAACGACCCUCUGGUCGCAGAGCAGGUCGUGACACGCUCCUUCCCCAUCGCCUCCCUCACCAAGGAGAAGAAACUAAACUCCGAGAGUUUACCCAAGGACCAUUUCAUUCAGGAAGGCCUGCAGCUCCGCUCCUGUACCUUCCAGCUGAUGAAGGUAGCGUUCGAUGAGGAGGUAGCGUCAGACCUGGCAGAGGUUUUCCGGAAACACAUGCACAAACUGCGCUACCCCCAGCACGUGCACGGCACGUUCGCCUUCACCGUGGGUCAGUCGGCCAAGAUGGUGGUGGAGCACAAGACCAAGGACAAGAACCAGUCGCUAAAAACCCUCUCUAAGAACCUGGUGAAAAGCGCUAAAAAGACCAUCGGACGACAAUACGUGACCCGGAAGAAGUACACCCCUCCGACCUGGGAGCACCGUAGCAGUAUGCAGUCUGAAAUGGACGAGGACGAGAUCUCGGUGUCUGAGGAGAUGGAGCAGAGCGCACUCACGCUUUCCUCCACCAUCCGCUCGUCCGACCGCCAGACCAUGAGCAACGUCGUGGAGCGCGCUUGUUGCCGUGACUACCAGCGGCUGGGACUGGGCACGCUCAGUAACAGCCUUACGCGCUCGAAGAACGAGCCUUUCCGCAUCUCCACCGUCAACCGCAUGUACACCAUCUGCAGGAGUUAUCCAGGCUUGCUCAUCGUACCUCAGAGUAUCCCUGACUCGACACUCCACCGCAUCUCACGGUGCUACAGACAGAACCGCUUCCCCGUGGUGUGCUGGAGGAACUCACGCACUAAAGCCGUGCUCCUGCGCUCGGCCGGUCUGCACGCCAAGGGAGUCGUGGGAUUCUUCAAAUCUCCCAAUGCCCCCAGUGCAGGUCCCUCUCAGGCUGACUCGGUCAGUCUGGAGCAGGAGAAGUACCUACAGGCCAUCAUCAACUCCAUGCCCUCCUACAGCGAGGCCAGCGGAAGAAACACCCUGAGCAGCUUCACAUCCAUGCACAUGAGCACCUCAGACUCGUCCGACAAACUGAGACAACCAAAAAUCGGAGCUCUUAUGAAGCAAGUAAUGGGCUCUAAAGAGGAUGUGCCUGGAACCUUCAGCCGAGGAGCACUGGGUCAGAGGGCAAAGGUCAUCUCCCUCUCUCAGCCUAAGGUUUCACUCAAGGCCCGCUGCUCACCCCGAGGGAAGUGGGGCAGUAUCCGGGGCAGCGGGCGUCUCUCUACAUAUAAUCCUGAAGUGGGGAACCGGCUGGCAGGGAAGGACUCCCCGCAGGCAAACGGCGGGCCAACCGAGCCAUACUUCCUCCGCCAGCAAAGAGCGUAUCUCUACAUCAUCGGCGACAAGAACCAGCUCAAGGGAGGAAAGCAGGAUUCCUUCCAGCAGUGGGAGGUGGUCCCCAUCGAGGUGUUUGAUGUCCGGCAGGUCAAGAACAGUUUUAAGAAGCUGAUGAAGGCCUGCGUUCCUUCUUGUCUUUCCACCGAGCCCAGCUUGUCGUUCCACCGCUCCUUAGAGGAGUCUGAAUGGAUGAAUCUGCUUCACAGACUCCUCCAGGUGUCUGUUCUGGUAGUGGAGUUACUGGACACUGGCUCUUCGGUCAUGGUCAGCCUGGAGGACGGCUGGGACGUCACCACUCAGGUGGUGUCUCUGGUGCAGCUCCUGUCAGAUCCGUACUACCGCACGUUCGAUGGUUUCCGGCUGCUGGUGGAGAAGGAGUGGCUGUCGUUCGGCCACCGCUUCAGCAACCGUGGAGCUCAGACGCUGGCCAGCCAGAGCAGCGGCUUCACGCCCGUCUUUCUGCAGUUCCUCGACUGCGUGCACCAGAUCCAUCAUCAGUUCCCUAUGGAGUUUGAGUUCAGUCAGUACUAUUUAAAGUUCCUGGCUUAUCACUAUGUGUCUAAUCGCUUCCGGACCUUUCUGCUGGACUCGGAUUACGAGAGAAUAGAGCUGGGUGUUUUGUACGAGGAAAAAGGAGAGAGGAAGAACCCUCAGGUGUGCAAGUCCGUUUGGGAUUAUAUCGACCGUCUGCACAAGAAGACGCCCAUCUUCUACAAUUACAUGUUCUCUCCAGAAGAAGAUGAGGUCUUAAAGCCCUACAGUUUCAUCUCCAACCUGAAGGUGUGGGACUACUACACGGAGGAGACGCUCUCAGAGGGGCCGUCCUACGACUGGGAGCUGGUGCGGGGGAAAACCGAGGGGCCCGAAGAGGAGAAAGCCGAGACAGCAGGUCCCAAAUCAAAGAGGCAGGUGGUGUGGCCCUGUUACGACAGCCUGAGCAAAGUAGUGCCAGACGCCAUCACUAAACUGCUGCAGGAUGUGCAGAACCUUGAGGCUGAGCUUGGUCACACGUCUGAGAGAUGGAAGGAGACAUGGGAUAAGAUUAAGACCACGCAACGCACCGAGACCAAACUGGAGAGUCGGCCCUCGUUCUCCAGCUCGCUCCUCAUGUCGUCCAACCUUACCCACCAGAGGCGCACUCAGGGCGUGUACCUGCAGGAGAGCGGUGUCAGCUUGGCGCUGGAUCGUGAGGCCAGUGCCACCCCCACACCCGCCACCAGCCGCACCAGCACCAGCACGCUCUAUUCCCAGUUCAGAAGCACAGAGAGUGAAAACCGGAGCUUUGAAGGAAUAUUAUAUAAGAAAGGCGCUUUGCUGAAACCCUGGAAGCCUCGCUGGUUUGUGCUGGACAAGACCAAACACCAGUUGAGAUACUACGAAUCCAGGCAGGAUAAAGAGUGUAAGGGGGUCAUCGAACUGGCCGAGGUGGAGUUUGUCAUUCCUGGUGCUUCUACCUUGGGAGCCCCAAAAAACGUAGAAGAGAAAGCCUUUUUCGACCUUAAAACGACCAAACGAGUGUACAACUUCUGUGCGCAGGACAGCCAAAACGCACAGCUGUGGAUGGACAGUAUUCAGAGUUGCCUAUCUGAUGCAUAAAUGAGGAUCAGACCUGUGUGUGUGUGUGUGUGUGUGUGUGUGUGUGUGUGUGUGUGUGAGAGAGAAAAAGAGACUGUACUGUGAUUGGACAUAUAUGUGAUGGCCAUGGCUCCCAGCGGACGACGGUGUAGAGAGAGAGAGAAAGCAGCGUUGAUCUCGUUAUAUAUAUAUAAAAAAAAGUUGCACCUCACCACAUUUCAGUGUUUUUAUACAAAACAAAUUACAAAAAAAUGUCCAAAUAAAAAAAGAAAAAUCCCUGAAAGACUGACAUGGACAUGAAUAGUCUAACCACUAUACACACCUCCUGGAUGUUCUCUUGCGCUCUGUGGAUAUGAGGCAUGGCGUCACUAAUAAAAAAAAUCUCUCGCUCCCUUUCUUCUUUGCAAACUACUGCCAGAUAAACGAAUGCUAUGCACAGGGUUCUGAGCAUGCCCAGUACAGCACCUCAUCUCAUCCAACCAAUGACUUUUAUCACACCGUUAGCAUCUCUUCAGCUCAACACUGUCAUAUUCCACUCCACGCCCAUAAUCGCGGCGCUUGGAUUCCCCUCCAGUCACCGUAUCAUGGCGACGACGCCGAGGCAUACAGAAGCACGACAUCCUUUUAACGGUUCAUGAAGGAUCUUUACAGUUACUUGGUUUCGUGUACAGAGAUUGAAAUAUCAGUACCAAUCCACUGUCGCCAUUUUUAGUCCUUAAUCUUUCCACUUGCAAGUUCUCACAUUAGCGUGUUUACAGAAGGUAUUCGAUUCCAAUAGGAACCACUAUUAACUUUAAAAAAAAUGCAAGGUUGUUUCAUGGUGAUUAAUUUGUGCUUAAAAUAUAUUUUUUAAUUAUGUCAUGCACACGAGCAGGUAAAAGUGGUGUCUUAAUGGAUCAACAAGUUUACAUCGAUCGCGGGAUUCAGAACCAUCAGUUGAUAUUUGACCCAAAUUUUUUUAAAUAUUUGUUCAAAUUAGUCAGAUUUUUUUUCAAAAAUUCCUUUUUUGAAAUGGCCCAUACAUAUUUAAAUAUAAUUUUUAUCCCACUUUAGUCAUCGUUUACAGUUCAGUUUAGUAUUUAGAAAUCUGGCAACCUUUUCAUAUCUACAGACCCUACAAUAAUAAUAAUUAUAAUUAUUUUUUAUAUAAUUUCUUUUGAUUUUGUUUUUUAAAUGAGAAUUGUUCAUUAGAAGCUCGGGGUCACCUGAACUCCGUUCACACAACCUGUCAUUAUCAAAAGCAGUGUUUUAGUUACAGUCUGUUACUUUCUAUGAAAUCCUGUACAUAGAGGAGUUUCUGUCUGUAUUAUUUGGAUAGAGUUUAUUUAGCUGGUCUCGGUGAGGAUGCGAGGAUGCAAACAAGUGUCACUUUCCCCCCCGUUUUUUUUUUUAAUAAAAUUCAAAAUACAAAAACUAACACACCCACAUAUAUAUGUAUGUAUGUAUGUAUGUAUGUACACACACAUACAGUGUAAAAUAUGGUAAUACCUUAGUCAUGUUGAACAUAAAAUUUGAAUUGUAGAUUUCUUUUUUGUUCUGAUAACUCCCUUUGUACAUAAUAUCCAGAUUUCUAUGUUUGUUAGUAAUUUAUUUAACUUCGUCUCCUCAAAACACCACUUAACGUUUUGAAUUAGAAAAUCCAAUAUGUGCCAUUGUUUAUUUCUGUAUUAACUAUUUGACUAAUGCUUUUUUUUUUUGAAAACCUUCAGAUAUGACUCAAAUAAAUCCUCAGUGUCUUUUUUUUCUAA